CUGUGUCAAUAGAUGAAACCCAUAACCAGAGUUAACCGCUCAUCGAUCAGAAACCACCUUUACCAUACUAUUUCACUCGAUCAGAACCAGACCAUUGUUGUUGAUCGAAUAAAGAAAUGUGUCAGCUUCAGAAUACUAGAAACUAUCUACGCCGCAAUGACCAAAACCAGUGCCGACCAAGACUGUUUCUUGGUAAACCAGUUUAUAAGUGCAUGCACCGCGUUCUCUCGAGUAGAUUGCUCUGUUUUGGCCUUCACCCAGGUGUUUCAACCCAAUGUCUUCGUCUAUAAUGCAUUGAUAAGAGGCUUCAUUCAUUGUCAUUAUCCAAAUCAAUCGCUGGAGUAUUACAAGCAUAUGUUGAAAGCUUCGAUUUGUCCCACCAGUUUCACAUUUUCGUCCUUAGUUAAGGCUUCUGCUUCUGCGAUAUCUGCAUGUGGGUUUGGAGAAUCUGUUCAUGCCCACGUCUGGAAACAUGGGUUUGAUUCGCAUGUUCAUGUUCAAACUGCUUUGCUUGAUUUCUACUCGUGUACGGGUAAAAUGGUUGAAUCACGAAAGGUGUUCGAUGAAAUGCCUGUGAGAGAUCCUUUUGCGUGGACUGCCAUGAUUUCGGCUCAUCUCCGAGAUGGGAACUUGAGUUCUGCGAUAAAUUUGUUUGAUGAAAUGCCGGAGAAGCUCAUCGCUACGUGGAAUACAAUGAUUGAUGGAUAUGCAAGAUUGGGCAACUUAGAGUCUGCGGAGGAGUUGUUUAAUCAAACGCCGGUUAAGGAUGCAAUAUCGUGGACGACGAUGAUCGCUUGCUACUCUCAGAAGAAGAAAUUUAGAGAAGCAUUAUCCGUAUUUAAUGAGAUGAUGGUAAAUGGGAUUAGCCCUGAUGAAGUUACAAUGUCAACUGUUAUCUCGGCUUGUGCCCAUCUGGGAGCACUUGAUUUAGGUAAGAAAAUACAUCUUUACGUGAUGCAGAAUGGAUUUGAACUUGAUGUUUAUAUAGGCUCUGCAUUGGUUGACAUGUAUGCAAAGUGUGGGAGCCUAGAUAAGUCUCUUCUGGUCUUCUUUAAAUUGAGUAGAAGGAACCUCUUCUGUUGGAACUCCAUAAUUGAAGGGCUGGCAGCUCAUGGCUAUGCCAGAAAAGCUCUAGCCAUGUUUAGCAGGAUGCAGAAGGAGAUUGAACCUAAUGGGGUGACUUUUGUUAGUAUUCUGACUGCCUGUACUCACGCAGGACUAGUUGAAGAAGGACGUAAGAGAUUUCAGAGCAUGAUUGAUGAUUAUUCCAUCAUUCCUGGAGUUGAACAUUAUGGAUGUAUGGUUGAUCUAUUGAGCAAAGCUGGAUUGCUGGAAGAGGGAUUGGAAUUGAUAAGGCAAAUGGAAUUUGAACCAAAUUCAGUUAUCUGGGGUGCUUUGCUGGGUGGCUGUAAGCUUCAUAAGAACUUGGAGAUUGCUAAGGUUGCCAUUGAUGAAUUGAUGGUUUUGGAACCGAAUAACAGUGGAUAUUACACCCUUUUAGUUAACAUGUAUGCAGAAGUGAACCGGUGGGGUGAGGUUGCAAAGACCAGGGCAAGAAUGAAACAAUCUGGUGUUGAGAAAAGAUGUCCUGGUUCCAGUUUGAUAGAAAUGGAAAGCAAGAUUCAUCAGUUUGCAGCCUCUGAUAAAUCUCAUCCAGCUUCAGAUGAGGUUUACUUGAUGCUAGCUGAGUUAGAUGGGCAGAUGAAACUACCUGAGUCUGUUUAUUAGCACUUGUUCAUUACUUCCUUACAAACCUUAACAAGAGAUGGACACAGGAGUGUGUUAUUCACUAAUUCGCCCCAACUUGCUUCAUAUGGAGUUGGGUAAAAAAUUUUUCAUUGCUUCAAAUGUGAGGCAUGUAUAAAUUUAUAUUUUGUUAACGGGAUUGUUAUGAAAGUUGAUAUACUUGUCUCAUAAUCAUCCCGGAACCAUCUUUAGCUAAUCAUAAUCAUGUUGGAAAAGAAAGCACCAGUUCUAAGGUUGCCAUUGAUGAUUUGAUGGUUCUGGAACCAAAUAACAGUGGACAUUACACCCUUUUAGUUAACAUGUAUGCCGAAGUGAACCCGUUGGAUGAGGUUGCGAAGAUCAGGGCGAGAAUGAAACAAUCAGGUGUUGAGAAAACAUGUCCUGCUUCCAGUUUGAUCGAAA